GGGGGGCAGCUGUGCCAUGUGACUCCAUGAUGGCUUCACUGAGCGCACGUCAGCUGGUGCUGAGAGCCGCCAGCCUCCACCUGAGCCCCGUCCACAGAUGGUUCUCCACCAGGGUCAGUCGUCCAGGGCGCAGGAACAUCCUCCUCAUGGGUCCCCCCGGAGCAGGGAAGACCUCAGUGGGGAGGACCGUGGCCCGGACACUGGGACUCCCUGUCAUUGACGUGGAUGACGACAUCUUGGAGACCACGUGGAAGAUGCCCGUGGCUGCAAAGCUGGCGUCAGUCGGCGGGCAGCGCUUCCUCGAGGAGGAAGGUCAUGCCCUGUGCAACUUCUCCGCCUCCGGGUGUGUCGUGUCCCUCACGGGCUCGAACCCACUCCACGCUGAGGCGAUGCAGCACGUCAGGAGGAGCGGUGUGGUCGUCUACCUGGACGUGCACUUUGAGGACAUCAUGCAGAGACUCACCAGGAUGAAGGUGGACAGGAUAGUGGGUCAGGAGGCGGGGGCGUCCAUGAGGGACAUUCUGCUCUACAGGAAGCAGUUCUAUGAGAAAUGGUUGGACGUGCGUGUGCUGUGCGGGACGGGAGACACGGUGGAGGACGUGGCCGAGAAGGUGUUGAAGGCUGUGGAGAGAUAUGAAGAUCACGCCGCAGAGACGUACGUGUCAACCAGGUGUGACAGUGUGGGAUCGACACACUUCGCUGAUGUGGUUGUUGAGGGUCUGGCCAAAGACGGAGGCCUCUACGUUCCCAAAAAUGGAAUCCCAAAGCUCGAUGCUGGAGAAUGGCUGAGAUUAGUGGACAUGUCGUACCCAGAGCGAGCGUUGGUUCUGCUUGAAAAGUGCAUACACCCAUUGGACGUUUGCGCUUUGGAUCUCAGGACAAUGGUGUUCGAGUCCUAUGGGUCGAACUUCUCCAGUGAGGCAGUUGCACCUGUAAAACAUCUCCACCGCAAUCAGUACGUUCAGGAGCUGUUCCACGGCCCCACGGCUUCAUUCAAAGACCUUGCCUUGCAGUUGAUGCCCCAGCUCUUCGCCUACUGCCUCCCUCCGAUGUGCAACUACCUCAUCCUGGUGGCCACUUCUGGAGACACCGGGAGCGCAGUGCUCAGCGGGUUCAGCAAGCUCGCCGGGACUGACCGACAAAAGACGGGCGUGCUGGUGUUUUUCCCAGAGGAAGGAGUGAGUGAGAUCCAGAAGCUGCAGAUGAUGAGCUACAGGGAGGGCAAUGCCAGGGCCGUCAGUGUCCUGUCAGACUUUGACUUCUGUCAGAGGAGCAUCAAGAGGAUGUUCGGAGAGAGCGGGCUGACGGGGCACCUCGCCGUGGAAUACGGGACUGUCCUCAGCACCGCCAACUCCAUCAACUGGGCUCGGCUGCUGCCACAGCUGGUGUACCAUUCCUCAGCCUAUCUGGAUCUGUGCAGAGACGGUGUUAUCAAGUUUGGGGAGCCCAUCGAUGUUUGCAUCCCGACUGGCAACUUUGGCAACGCCAUGUCGGCCCUGUACGCCAAGCGCAUGGGCGUCCCGAUAAGAAAAGUAAUCUGUGCGUCCAACCACAACCGCGUUGUCACAGACUUUAUCACCACGGGCGAGUAUGACCUCCGGGGACGGCCACUGAUGCUGUCCCACUCUCCGGCUAUAGAUAUCCUGAAAUCCUCCAACCUGGAGAGGUUUAUCUACCACGUCUCAGACGGAGACAGUCGUCUUGUCAAGGAUCUGUUCACGCGCUUGGACAGGCAGCAGCACUUUCAGGUUCCUGAGCCUCUUCUUGGCAGGAUACAGCAGGAAGUGCUGGCUGGCUGGUGCUCUGAAGACGACUGCUUGGCCGCCAUCCAGAGCGUUCACACACAAACGGGUUACGUCGUGGACACACACACCGCCGUGGCUAAAGUCGUGGCAGACAGGCUGCAGGACGGCUCGUGCCCUGUGGUGCUUCUUUCCACUGCUCACUUCGGGAAAUUUGCUCCUGCUGUGUUCAAAGCUUUGCAAAUCCCAAAUAUUCCCGAGGAUCCCGUUGAGCAGCUGCAGAAGCUCGGGUCGACUGCGUCCAGACCUGAAAUGCACAGAGAGAUGAUGAAAUGCCUGAAGGAACGCAGCAGGGGGGGGCACACUGUUUGUCAGGCAGAGUAUGGUGUGCUGGUGGAGGAGGUGGAGAGCAUGAUACACGACUCCUUCCUAAAAGUUAUGUAGGAUUAUUUGACCUCUUCCAAGGAAAGGACGUUUUCACCCCUGUUUGGUUUGUUUGUUUGCUUGUAUGUCAGCAGGGUCACUGCUACUACCUUAAGAAUAAAAUACAAAUAUAUAUACAUUUCAUAUAUAUAUAUGUAUAUAAUAAAA